AUGUUGUUUCCAGACGGCAUGAGAGGGCCACUGGGGCCACAAAUCUACCCUGGACUGUAUGCUGUUGUGGGUACGGUACUUUUUCAAAUUUUUGAAAUUUUUUAACUUUUAGGAGCAGCAGCAUUUACUGGAGCUGUAACCCAUUCCUUAUCAAUUGCUGUUAUCGUAUGUGAAACUACUGGUCAAUUGAGUCCAUUAUUGCCUGUUUUGGUAAGUUACUGUAUCUUAUCCCAAGCCCAGAAUCCUAGCUUAGAACCCUAGCCUAGAGCCCUAGCCCGGAGCCCUAGUCCAGAGUCCUAGCCCAGAGCCCUAGCACAAAGCCCAGAGCCCAAAGCCCAAAGCCCAAAGCCCUAGCCCUGUACCAGCCUUGUCUUAGGCUUGCCCCGCCCUUGCUCCGGAGCUACCUACUAUAGUCAUCUUUAAGAGUUCUCAAACCUUGUUUGAAGCCUACCUUAGGCUUCUUACUAGGUCUAUGCUAAGUUUGUUCUAGGCUUUUUCUAGUCCUAUCUUAGACCUGCCCUAGCCUAGACUUAGCCACACCUUUUAUUCACUCUAGCCCUGCCUUCGCCCUAUCAUAACCUCCUUUAAACUCAAACCUAGCCCUUUCUUUCAUUUAUUUCUUAGCCUUUCUUUACCUUUUACCCUUUAGCCCUACUCAAAUCCUGCUUGACCUUAUGUUAAUAUACCUAAAUUUAGAUAGCUCUAAUGAUAGGAAACGCAGUGUCGAGUUUUCUACACCCUAGUAUUUAUGAAAGUAUUAUUUUAUUAAAAAAGUAUCCACACUUGACAGAACUACCGCCCAGUAGAAUCAGUGUGCAUACGAUGAAAGUUGAACAAAUUAUGGUACGAGACAUUGUUUAUAUCACCAAAGAUACCACUUAUAAAGACCUACGAGAGCUGUUGAUAUCUACACCACAAUUGAGGUCGUAUCCGCUGGUUACUGACGAUGGUAUGUUACUUACUUUGAAAUACCCUACCCUACCCUACCCUACCCUACCUUACCCUACCCUACUGUACUUACCCUACAAUACCGUACUUCAUCCUACUCUACCAUACCCCACCCUACAAUACCGUACCUUACCUUACUCUUCCUUACUCUACCCUAUCCCGACUUACUUUACUCUACUGUACCCGCUCUAAAAAACCGUACCUACUCUACUGUACCUUCUCCUAGAAUACCGUAGCCUAUCCUACUGCAAUUUAACUUGUAAUACAGUAGCCCACCCACCUUAUCUUUUCUCUACCCUACCUUCCACUCUAAUCUACCCUUCUCUGCUCGACCUACAAAGCUCUUGCCCUACUCUACCGUAAUUUACUCAACCCUAAUACAUACGGUAUUACGUUUAAAUUUUAGAAGAACGAAUUCUACUUGGUUCAGUAGCAAGAAAGUACCUCAACUUCCUAGUAACGAUACAUUUGGGAAACGAUCCUAGUCUGGCCAGAAGACGCUCCCACGCUUCGGAAAUUCUAGGGGCUUAUAACAGGAAUAGUAUUAUGAGGUCAAGCAUGUCCGGUCACACAUUAUUGUCCAAUAGCCCUCUUCAUGAAGGGCAGAAACGUAGGUUUUUGUAUACUUCCUGACCCUCUCCCCUCGUCAUUGGUCCUGUUAGCGACCAAACAAGUUACAUUAGCUUUCCUAGUCUGACCAUUCGUACUUGUUUUUGAAAAUUUUGUUUCGGCGUUUUGCCAUUUUAAAAAGAAAUUUUGGCGGGGCUCAUCCAACCCCCUCAUUCCGUUUCACACUCCCAAUCGCCAGUUUGCAUCCCCCAAUCUCCAACACCAGGUCGAUCCCACUUGGCCGAACCAUAUUGGCAAUGUCCGAAGUUGAAGGUUGAGGGUCGCGCGAAUGAGUGCUGGUCUACUGACUGGUCAGAGCGGUGAGUGGCGGAACAGAAUGAAGAAUUUGCAAGCCUUUUAUACACGUUUUCAUUGAUUUCGUAAAGUCAUUUCAUUUUUUAAAUUCAAAGCUAUACCUUUUAAACAUAUAAGAAUAUUGAACGUCCGGUGACCCGCUAGCCAAAUACAUUUAGCAGUUUUUUAAAACGGCUUUCUUGGUAAUUUUUUUUUCAUACAGGGUGCGUAAAAAGUGUUGUUACAAAACUUUAAAAUAAAUAUUUGAUUAAAAUACUGUGUAACAUUACUUUUUACGCACCCUGUAUAGGUCAUAAUUUUAUAAUGUGAGAGACGCAACUCCCUUUUUACCCCAGGCCGUCUAACUCCGUACCGUACAAAUGACAUUAGAUGCUUUUGAAAUACGUUAAACAAUUGUACUUGUAAUUUUGAGCCGCCGUAUUUUACAAAACUAAGUUAUUGCUUUUCAGGACACAGUGUAAAAAGUGCAUUAGGAUUGUAUAAAAAGUCAGAUCCAUCAUUGGUGAGUGCUUCAAUUAGUCAUAAAAUUUAAAAAAAACGACACUAUUAAUAAAAUACAAAUAAAUUACACCUAAUUUUAUAAUGCUACCUAUUUCUUACUACAUAUGUCUUAUUAUCCAUGCUUAUAAUUGUACAAACUUAAUUCCAGGCCGACCACGCCCUUCUAGACCGAGCGGCAAAGCUAGAAAAGCCCAUCGACGUGGAGUCGUUGGCUGUGGAUUCGGCUCCGUUUCAACUGGUAAUCGGCACCAGUUUAUUCAAAGUUCACACCUUAUUCUCAUUACUGGGCUUGAAUCACGCUUAUGUCACCCAUCGUGGACGGCUGGUCGGAGUUGUGGCUUUGAGAGAGGUAGGGUUGUUUGAGAAAACUUUCACGUGUCUACCGUUAGACAUAAAGAACGGGCUAAGCCGAACCAAUUUUUUCAAAACACAAAAAUAUAAUUCGAAAUUUCAGCUCCGACUAGCCCUAUCAGACAUCUACGUACGUGGUGCAGUGGUCCACAAGGAUUCGUGGGCAGGUUCUCACAACCGGCUAAACGACUUCCUAAUUGACAAGCCAGAAAUCCUAAAAGGAAGCAAAACCAUGCCCAACUACUACAACAAUGGCCCCACCUUCACCACCAACUUGAACGAUGUGAACUCAAACAAAAUGACCGACCUGGCCAAUUUCAAAGAAUUAAAAGCUUUAUUGCCUCAGGACAGCGACGAAUCCGAGUCCUCUGGCAUUUCGAUUCAUAUUAGUCCACCGACGGAUGGGGAUGGUCAGCAAGAUAGUCAGAGUGAAGGUACUGAUAACAAUGAUGAUGCACAUGAAGAAACGUUGCUUUUGAAUGAUAUUGAGCAGGUUGAUGAGAUUGGUGAUAACAAGAAAAAUUGA